GAGCACAGCAAGAGCACAGUAACAUGUCAACAUUGUCAACCUAACCAUGUUUCUUAUGAUGGUGACAAUUUUUUUUUAUUGAAACUGGAUUUCAAAAAACUGUGUAAAAAGCUUCACCUAAAUUAGAAUUACAAAUUACACUUUAGAUUUACAUCAACAUCACACAUUUGGUGUCAUAAUAAUUGAUAAACAAUUACUUAAUAAUUUUCUUCAUCUUAUUGAGCAUAAAAAAGGCCGAUUUUUAAAUGAAAUGAGUGUACUCAAAAACAUUACUGUUUAUAGAAAUGGUGUACAUACUGGACCACUUAUUUUCCAAUGCCCUGAUAAGUUAGAAGAAUUUUAUGGGAAAAUUACUUCCCUCAUAGAUGACCCAAAAACUGAAAUUCGCAUAUUUAGCGAAGAUGGUUCAGAAAUACUAGAUUUUGAACUAAUAAAGAAUUUUGAUAAAAUUUAUAUUUCAAAUGGUGAUGAUUUUAUAAAACCUUUGUGUAGUUCAUCACAUUCAGAUUCAGAUUGGGUUACAUUAAAUGUUGGAGGAAAAUAUUUUACUACUUCAAAAAGAACCUUGAUCGCAAGUGAACCAACCAGCAUGUUAGCAAGAAUGUUCUCAGAUGAAAAUUGUUUGUUUCAUCCAAGUAGUAUGGAUAAAAACGGGGCAUAUUUAAUAGACAGAAGUCCUACAUAUUUUGAGCCUAUAUUAAAUUAUCUCAGAUGUGGCCAAUUAAUUUAUGAUAAAAACAUUAAUCCAGUAGGAAUAUUAGAAGAAGCAAGAUUUUUUGGUAUUGAGUCAAUUGUACCAAUUUUAGAACAAGAAUUAAAUGUUAAUAAAGAAUCAAGAGAUAACGCUCCCCUAACACGCAGAGAUGUAAUUGAUGCUUUGAUCAGAAGCACAAAAAAAUCUGAAUUGAGAUUUCAAGGUGUAAAUUUAUCAGGAGCUGAUCUUAGUAAACUUGAUCUUGGCUAUAUAAAUUUUAAGUAUGCUAAUAUGCAGGGAUGUAACCUGUCAGGGGCCAACUUAAGUUGGUGUUGUUUAGAAAGAGCUGAUCUAUCGCAUGCUUUGUUAGACAAUGCUCAACUUUUAGGUAUUAAAGGUUUAAGAGCAACAAUGGAAGGAGCAUCUAUGAAAAACUGUAAUUUCAAAGAUCCAGGUGGCCAGAGGGCAAAUCUUGAAGGAGUCAAUUUAAAAGGUGCCUGUUUGGAAGAUAGCGAUAUGGGCGGGGUAAACCUUCGUAUUGCAAACUGUAAAAAUGCAAAUUUAAAAAAUUGUGAUUUAAGAGCAGCUGUUCUUGCAGGAGCUGAUUUAGAGAACUGUGAUCUUUCUGGAAGUGAUCUGCACGAAGCUAAUUUAAGGGGUGCUAAUUUAAAAGAUGCCGCAUUUGAACUGAUGCUCACACCCUUACAUAUGAGUCAAACAAUUCGUUGAUGGUUAAAAACGCAAUUCUAAAAAAUUGUCAUUUGAGGGUAACUGUAUUUGACAGAGCAGAUUUAAGAAUUGUAAUCGUUCUGAUCUGACUUGCAUGAAGCUAAUUUGAAAGAUGUGGCUUUGAAUUGUUGCUCACUUCCUUAUAUAAGAAUCAAAUGAUUCUUGACUAUAGCUUUUUAAUUAUGUCAAAUAUAAGUAAAAAUAGACAACCUUAAACAUAAUAGAUAUUCUUUCAUUACAUUCAGUUAGAAAUGUAUCUAAAUAAAAGUAUGCUAGUUACAUAUUUCUCCACAAUAAUCUACACAUUUAUCAGUAUUAUUUAUAUCUAAGGGAUGGUUUAAGAAUUAUUUCUUUAAAUAUUAAUUACAUAAAGAUAAAUAACCAUAGUACUUUAUUAUAUAUACUAAAAAAUAAAUUGUAUAAUGCUGAAUUAUAAAGAAUAAACAAGAUUAAUUGU